CCAAUAUAACCUAAAUCAAAGAGGCGACUUGGUCAUCAGAUGCCACCCUGACUACAUUGCACUUUCUGCAAAACUCAACAACUUCAUCUUGGUGGCCCCACUGUUCCCUGCCCAGGACUGGCUGCCACCUAUGAUGCUGCAGAACAGCAGUCACCUACUGAAGGGGGUCCACUGAGCUCCCACCCCUCACCUGGGAUACAUUACUUACAUAAGGAUAUCAUCUAUGGUUAUUAACCUCUUAUGUCUCACCGCUUCAGCCGAAUUGACAGAAUGUAAGUUGACUUUGGCCAACUUUUGGUGGAAUGUGUUGAAAGUCUUGGUGACAGCAAUUUUAUUUUUUCAUUUCUUGGAAGAUGAAGCUUCUAAGGAGUAAGAUGGGGUCUCAGGGGGGCCUGUAAUGUUCUACCAUCGAUUCCAGCAUUGACCACAGAACCUACAGCAGACUCACCUUGCAAGUUUUCUGUCCAUUACAGUGUAUGUGGCUCCUCUGUCUGCUCAGCUCUGGAUACCCCAUUCUUUCUUGGAAGCCAUCCCAAAUGAUCAUUUAUUUAAGAAGCAUCUCCUGGUCAUCUGUCCAUAAGGUAAUAUCGUCUCCAUCAUAUGGUUCAGGGAGCAGAAAUCCUUUGUGGGGUUCGCGAAUAGUCAAUGCAUGUGUGCAAAAGUGAAGACUAGAGAGAAGUCACCUGUGCACCCAACCAGGAGAUCAAGGGUGCUGCUUGUGUGUCAAGAGAUAGUAGUUAAAGGGUGCUGGGGAAAGGAAGACUAGGAACCAGAAGGAAGCAUAGAAGCCCAGAGGGUGGUCUUGCUGGAGAAGGAAGGAGAAGCAGCAGCCGGAGGGUGGUCUUGUUGAUGGCACUGCGUACUGGGACGGCUUGGUUUGGGCAAGUCCUGCGCCGAGCCUCCAGGUUGCAAGGUACCUGGUCUAGGAGAUCCAGUAGCCUCCUGUGUCUGUCCUCUUCCCAGGAACACGAGCAUGGAGUAGGGAGAGGAGACCAACCCUGCAUCCACCACCAACACCAUCACCAGGAGCACCACCACCCGGAGCACUUUCAUCAGGAGCACCACCACCACCCGGAGCACCACCACCACCCGGAGCACCACCAUCACCCGGAGCACCACCACCACCACCACAAGGAGCAUCACCACCAGGAUCACCACCACCACCGGGAGCACCAUCACCAGCAACAGGAGCCCCACCACCAGGAGCACCAUCACCAGCAACACAGCCACCCCCUCCACUCCCACUCUCCAGGUGCCCAGCCCAGCCAUUGCUGUCUGCAACUUCCCAGCGGCUGCUGCGCCCUCUCAGACAGGACGGGGGGACAUGUUCCCCUCACAAGCCGGUUGCUGGUGGCCAUGAAGCGGCAGAACGUGCGGACUUUGUCCCUCAUCAUCUGCACGUUCACUUAUCUGCUGGUCGGGGCCGCUGUCUUUGAUGCACUGGAGUCAGACUACGAGAUGCGAGAGGAAGAGAAGCUUAAAGCCGAGGAGAUCCGCCUUAAAGGGAAGUAUAAUAUCUCCAACGAGGACUACCGGCAGCUGGAGCUGGUCAUCAUGCAGUCCGAGCCCCACCGGGCAGGGGUCCAGUGGAAAUUUGCCGGUUCUUUCUACUUUGCCAUCACAGUCAUCACAACUAUUGGUUAUGGGCAUGCUGCUCCUGGCACGGACGCUGGAAAGGCCUUCUGCAUGUUCUAUGCCGUGCUAGGAAUCCCUCUUACCCUGGUCAUGUUCCAAAGCCUUGGUGAGCGAAUGAACACCUUUGUGAAGUACCUCCUGAAACGAAUCAAGAAAUGCUGCGGGAUGAGGAGCACAGACGUCUCAAUGGAGAACAUGGUCACUGUGGGCUUCUUCUCCUGCAUGGGGACAUUAUGCAUCGGAGCUGCAGCCUUUUCCCAUUACGAAGAUUGGAGCUUUUUCCAGGCAUACUAUUAUUGCUUUAUAACUUUAACUACGAUAGGAUUCGGAGACUAUGUGGCCCUGCAGAAGAACAGGGCCCUCCAAAAGAAGCCAGUCUAUGUGGCUUUUAGCUUUAUGUACAUUCUAGUGGGGUUGACGGUCAUUGGGGCAUUUCUAAACUUAGUUGUUCUCAGGUUUUUAACCAUGAACAGUGAAGAUGAAAGGAGGGAUGCCGAGGAACGGGCAUCUCUUGCCGGAAAUCGGAGCAGCAUGAUCAUCCACAUCCAGGACGAUUCACAACACGGUCGGCCUCGGUAUAAGGCCGAAGUGACAGACCUUCAGUCAGUUUGUUCAUGCAUGUGCUACAGGUCCCAUGAGUACACCAGCAGGGUGGUGUCUCAUCCGAAUUCCUUCAGCUCCAAGCUGAACCCACAGUACUUUCAUUCUAUAUCUUACAAGAUCGAAGAAAUAUCACCAAGCACAUUAAAAAACAGUCUCUUCCCAUCCCCCGUUAGCUCUAUUUCUCCUGGGUUGCACAGCUUUACGGAAAACCACAGGCUAAUGAAAAGGCGAAAGUCAAUCUAAGUUAAUCUUCGUUCUUUUGCCACGGGUCACUAUUCUCUCUCUCUAUCUCUUGCCCUUUAAUUCUCACAUUUUUUUUGUGAACCGAGACAGAGAGGGGGGCAAAAGAAACGGGAAGAACUAACUAGCCUGCCUUCUCUGAGACUCAUUCUUGAGCAUGAAGCAUGAGAACCUUCUACUCCAGCAAAGUAUGCCUUACAUUAUGUCUAAACGGAUUUCAGAGGAUUUCUUAAUAAAAAAAUAUAUACAAGUAUUGAUUCCAAAGUUGCACACAAACGAAGAAAAAAGGGGGGGGGGGGGCAUUUGUGUGCCGCUGGUAUUUAUGAACUAAUAAACUUUUAUUAUUUUUUGUUUUUUCUUUUGUUUUUGAAAAAAAAAAGUUUUAAGAAAAAAAAGGAGCAGGUGACGGGUAUACAUUUAAGUCUGUGCAAUCCCUCAAUUACUAUUUCAAAAAUAUAUCAGGUAUUAUGUACUUGAAAAAUUCUUGCUUAAUCUUGAAGUAACUCCCUAAUGUAAAAAAAAAAAAAACCUUAUUUUUCUUAUUGCUAUUUUUUUAUUGCCAGACAACGCAUGUGCAUUAGUCAAUCUGUAUGCUGGGUAUAAGCCUGAUAACAUUUUCACAUAGAUUGUUUAAAGAAAAUAGUUUAAAUAGUUAAAAAGAAGGAGACAAUGGUUUCUAGCUUGCCAGUUCCAAGAAGAAUUUUUUUAAUUUAUUUAAUUAAUUUUUUAGCAUGCACUUUGUGAAACUGGUAUCAUUUAUAAGAACGUAUUCAUUUAAAUAAUGACAUUUUCCUAAAUUUUUUUCUAAAUUUUUUUCCUGCUCAGUUCCGAAAAAAUGUUAUGUUGCCUGGGGAUUCAUUGGCUGGACUGAGUCAUUGAUUUGGGUUAAAGGGUAUUUUUAUCAUAAUUUUAUUAAAGAAAAAAUAUAUGAAUAUAUAAAUAUAUAUAUAUAUACACACACACAAAUAUUUUUUUGGUGCAGCAAGUACCUGCAUGAAUAGAAUUAUAUUUUUAGGGAAUGCUUGAUAAAAAAAAGACUUGGGCAUAUCUGGGUGGAUGUAUUUUUUUUUUCUGUUUUUAUUUUUUAUUUUUAUUUUUUAUUCAAUAAAAUAGAGACAGGGACUUCCUUGUUGUAUAACUGAAAAAAGAUUGUCCUCUAUUGCUUUUUUUUGCAUUUGUAUAUAAUGGUUAUAAGCCUUUGUUGGUCUCAGGAAGUGUCCAAAAGGGACGGUAUCCUCUGAGUUGACCUUCUUGAAAACUGGCAAAGGUUGCAUAUCCCUUUUAGAUGCCAUAUUGGCAAAGUGUUGGGGUGGGGGGGCAGGGGGCAGAAUUUUCUGUUAUAAGCCACAAUCCUGGGUUUUUAAAGAGUCAUGGAACUGCAAGGUUUUUUUCAGGCUUGCAAAAGCAGAUUCCACUGGGGUUGAUCAGUGUCUAUAAUAGAUGCCGUCAGUUUGCUUUUGAAAAGCUGGUUCUAAAAGUCUUUUUGCAGACACGUCGACUGGCUGUAUGUACCCGGCCAGCCCACAACCCAUAGGAUUUGAUGCACUCAGUUGCAAAGCUUUGUACCUCAUAAGAAAAAAAAAAAAAAGAUGAAUAUUUAUGGGUUGCAAUAAACUGUUCAUAACUCUA